AUGUUGACCGGCCCGAUGGCCGACCUGUUCUGGCGGAGUCCAUUGGGGGCGACAUACCGUAUCGGUAGGGUCUGGGGAAUUUUGUCCAGACCCGAAGCCCAUUCGACGACGCACCAACCACGGCAACCGGCCCUUUGGUCGACAGACCACUCCGCCGCCACUGGCGACCUGGGGAGGGCUCGGGAGGGUUGUGUUGCCCGGUCAGCCCGUCGAUCGACUGCCAUUGAGAUGGGUCGAGAACGCAGCUACGCUCUGGAAAAAGAAGAACAAAAAGCAAGGUCAGGUCUGCAGGCUGGCCGUGGGCAGGGAAACUCCCGCAGUCACCCGCGCGAUCUGCAUUUCCGGCCGCCUGACGUGGAGGCAGCUCCGGCCGGAGAACACGAAAACUAA